CUAACUAGAACAUUGGUGUCCAAUGUAAACGCCAGCAUAUAUGUGGACAAAUGUUUAUACUGUUAUAUAUUUCCAUGUCUUGAAUGUAUCAUUACGAUACGCGCUUUUAAUUUAAGUAGUAUUACGCUUUACAGAUUUAUCUUAAUAACUUCCUCAGGUUUGUGUAUGUAUUCAGGCGAUGUAGCUGUCGCUCACUCGUCGAGUGAGGGGAAAAAGCGCCAAGUUCUUGUGCAGCGUCGAUUAAAAUGGGUUUUAAUCAUAGACUUGCGCAAAAUAUGGUAUCAUACAAUGAUUUCUGAAGCGGCAUGUUGCAAGACCUUCAGGGAAAACGCUUUGUGAAGUGACAUCUGUGAAGAUGCCGGGUCUGCAGGGCGAACACGUUGUUGCCUCGAUGGGAAGCCCCAUCAAGAGGAACAAACUGUCUCUGAGAUUCUUCCAGAAGAAGGAAACUAUACGAGUCCUGGACUUCUCUGAACCUCAAGCAGAUGAAGCUAACAGUGAUCAGGUAGUGCCAGCUCCAUCACUGCCACCGAGUUCGCCUGACCUCCCGCUGCCAUGUGAGAAGAGCGAGAACCUGUUGCCAUUUGUGGGUCUCAGUAAUGGGGGCAACACCUGCUAUUUAAACAGCAUCUUACAGGUGCUCUAUCACUGUCCAGAGCUAAAAGAAGGCAUCAAAUCCUUACACAAGUUGAUGAAAAGAAAUGCCAAAACCGCUGAAGAAACAAAACAAUGUGAAGAGCUUUCAGAGGAUGCUGCCGAGUUCUUACCAGCACACAUUGAGCUCCUCCAGAGCUUCCACAGUCUUAUAUGUUCCAUGGAGCAGCUGCAGUCCAACUUCCUCCUCAACACCGACAGCUACAGUGAGCGAGAGCUCGACACGUCACCUUGUAAACUUCUAAACACACUCAGGAAACUGAACCCUAUGUAUGAAGGCUAUCUUCAGCAUGAUGCCCAAGAGGUUCUGCAGUGCAUCCUUGGAUACAUCCGGGAGGCCUGCAACACCAUCAGGAAGGAUAAAAAGCAGGAGGACAAUGUGACUGAGGUCAAAGUGGAAGAUGGCAGCCAUUCAGUGUCAGAAACCCAAAGAAAGGCCAAUAAAGAUGGUCAAGUGGCUAGAAAAAGGAAAAGUGAUACAGAGAUGGGAAAUGCCAAAAAGAAGCCCAAAUCCAUCAAGUGUGGAAAAUGUGAAGCAGGGGAAGAGCACUGGAUGAGCGGACCCGUCACCCGAUCCAAAAGGAAGUCAUCCUGUGAAAACACCAAGGACAAACCUGGAAAGAAAGAGGAUGCACAGGAAGUGAAACAGCAAAAGGUAGACGGAGAAGAAUGGAGCAGUGGCGAUGAGAGAACAUCCAAAGACACUGAUGGGAAAAAGAAGAAAGACUCAAAAUUAAGCUUGUUGACGCCUUCUGGAAAACAGCCUGGCAUCAUGUCCAUGUUUCGAACCGUCGGGAAACUCACGUCUACAUUUGCGAAAAGGACAAUGAAAACAGAGAGAGAGAACAAUGGAGCUGAUCAAGUCCCAACUGAGGAUGAGAAGAAAUGUGAGGGGGUCAUUCAAAACGAGAACCAGGUCCAAAAGGCUGCACUUGAAGACGAUCUAGACCUGAUGGAGCGCUUGUUCCAGGGCCAGCUGGUUCUCCGGACUCGCUGUCUGGAGUGCGAAAGCUUCACAGAGAGGCGAGAGGACUUCCAGGACAUUAGUGUCCCUGUGCUGGAUGACCAACUUAACAGCCCAGACGAUCUUUCAUCAGUUUCUCCUUACCCCAAAGUAGAGGAGAAGACCCUCCAAUGGGCCAUCGCACAGUUUGCAUCAGUGGAGCGCAUUGCCGGGGAGGACAAGUACUUUUGUGAUACGUGUCUCCACUACACGGAGGCCGAGAGGAGUCUUCUGUUUGACAAAACUCCCGAACUCAUCACCAUUCACUUGAAGCGGUUCUCUGCCAACAGCUUGGAAAUGGAUCCAUACACCGGUCUGUCCAAGGUGAACACGCCCUUGCAGACGCCCUUGACCUUGUCUCUAGAGGAGUGGUGCACCCCGCGCUCAUACGGCAAAGGUCACCACUACGAGCUCUUUGCUGUAGUCAUGCACAGUGGGCUCUCCAUCAGCAGCGGACACUAUACCGCCUUUGUCCGCAUGAGUGGCCUGAAAAAUUCAAAGUUUUGGUUGUGUGAAAGGGAGCAGCAAGAAAAGUCCGACAGAGAAGCACGGGACUAUGACGACGGUGAGGUGUCUGUCUGGCAGCGUGCCAACGAACAGCCUGCGGUGAGCUCGGCAUGCGGCAAUACGGGAAGUAAGAAGCCUCCGGAAAGUGCGGUCGGACUCUUGGGAGGCCAUCAGAGUCAGACCGACACAGAGAACGAUGAGAGAGUUGCCGCCGGCGGACCGGAAGGUGGAACUGAGCAAAGAAAAACGUUCAAACAAAAUGCACUAGCUGUGCUUGAAAAGCCUGCCGAGGCUGGUGAUAAGAGGGAGAAAGCCCCUUGUGAGGAAGAGGUGGCUUCGGAACAGCAAGCUUUCGACAACCUCCUGAAGUACGAAGGCAAAUGGCUGCUGUUCGAUGAUUCGGAAGUGCGGUUGUUCGAGGAGGAAGAUUUCUUUCAAGCCUGCUCCCCCCAGACUUGCUCCUCUUCAACACCCUACUUGCUGUUUUACAAGAGAAUAACCAAGUAUUAAGUACACUAAGAACACUGAUGCCAGCAUUGCCUUACCAUCCCAAGAUCUACUCUUUUCAUAUUCUAUGGAUGGAACGGUCAUACACUGUGGAAAUUUUGUUCUACAUUAAUGCAACUUCAAGCCUACAGAAAAAAAAAAAAAAUCACCUCAGGCUUUUCAAAUAUUUUGGAAAGAAAUUUGUGCCUGAACUGAAAAUUGUUUUUUAAAAAAUUGUUUUGUUAUUAUUUUUUUGGGGCCUUAAGUAUU